AUGCCGGACGUCUUCAUGCCGCUGCCCCCGCCGCCACCUCUGCCAGCCAGCGAGCUGUGGGACGAACAGCCAGUGGCGCCGCCGGUGCCACCGGUCGAGACCGCGGUGGCAACGGUCCUAGUUCCUGCGGUUCGCAUCCCCACGCGCCGCUAUCUGGAGAAGGCGGCCUCGGCGCCGCGGCCGCAGGAGAUCGGCGCCUCGAGCUCGUCGGCCCUUGACACCGAGGAGACCAGUGCCGCACCCGUGGGAUGGGUACGCGGGGGCGGAUUUGGCACCCUGAACGAGGCGUCCCUUGACGUCCAGGCCAAGCUCCGGGCGAAGGCAGCGUCACUCAAGCGCUGCAACGAGGCCUACUUGGAGUCGCGCACCGCCAUCCAAGAUUAUCAUAACCUCCAGGCUAAUGCCGAUCUGCAGCAUCAGCUGGGUGAAGGCAAGACCGCCCUUCGUGGCAAGGAGGCGGAGUGCAGGAAGCUGGAGGAGGAGCGGGACCGCCUGGCCAACCGACUUGCCGAACAGGCGCAAAACCUCAAGGCGGCCCAGCUGAAGGCGGAGACGGCGGAGGUGGUGAAGAAGGUGCUGUCAUUGUCCCAGUCCGAGGGGGACGGCGCCACCGUCCGCCGGAGCAUCGGCCGGCACGAGCUCCGGAACCUGGACCCGUUCCUCCUGCUCGACGAGUUCUCCGUCUCCAAGCCCGCCGGCUUCCCCGACCACCCUCACCGUGGCUUCGAGACCGUCACCUACAUGCUCGAUGGGGCCUUCACCCACCAGGACUUCUCGGGGCGCAAGGGCACCAUCAGGACCGGAGAUGUGCAGUGGAUGACGGCGGGGAGUGGCAUCGUGCACUCAGAGAUGCCGGCAGCAGACGGAUUGCAGAAAGGCCUGCAGCUCUGGAUCAACCUCGCCUCCAAAGACAAGAUGAUCGAGCCGCGGUACCAGGAGCUCGAGAGCAAGGACAUUAGCCAGGCCGAGAAGGAUGGCGUGGCGGUGCGGAUCAUCGCUGGGGAAGCAUUUGGGGUGCGGUCGCCGGUCUACACGCGGACGCCAACCAUGUACAUGGACUUCACAAUGCAACCAGGUUCGCAGCUCCACCAGCCAAUCCCCGAGGGCUGGAACGCCUUCGUGUACGUCAUCGAGGGGGAGGGCGUGUUCGGCAAGGAGAAUGCAGCGCCGGCGAGCACGCACCACUGCCUUGUGCUUGGCGCGGGGGACGGGCUCAGCGUGUGGAAUAGGUCAGGCGCACCGCUGCGGUUCACCCUUGCGGCGGGGCAGCCGCUGAACGAGCCGGUGGUGCAGCAGGGGCCCUUUGUCAUGAACUCGCGUGCCCAGAUCCAGCAGGCCAUGGAGGACAACUACUACGGCCGCAGCGGCUUCGAGAAGGCCAGCCAGUGGAGCUCCGCCUGAUUCUCAUCGGUGUCUCGCCGUGAUGAUGAUCAACAUCUGGUGCAUUGUUGUGCAAAAUAUUGGGAGGGAAAGGGAAAUUGCAUUGUACCAUUAUAUUUAUGCCUUUGUGUAGAACGUAGAACUAGUCUUGUUUUUCUUUGAUUUUUUUACUUGUUUAUAAAAGAAUCUGAUGCAAUAAAAGUGUGUAAUGAGGAGGAACUUAUUAA